AUGGCACCUUCAGCAAUUGAAACCAUUACAGAACGUACACCUGUGGUCAAGGGCCUGAUCCAGCGUGCUAAGAACGAGGAUGGAUCACCGCUCUACCCAGACUACAUGCCAUUCUACGACCCGCUAGAGAAGGUCGAGGAUCUGGGCUAUUUCGAUCAUUUCGACCCAGGACACCGUGCAGACCCGACCUUCCCCAACCUGUUAGCCAACGCCACCAAAGUCGUUAACCUGUCGCCACAUGUCGGCAGUGAGAUUGAAGGUGUUCAACUGUCCAAGCUGUCCUCAGAGGGUCUAGAUGAGCUGGCUCUUUUGGCAGCUCAGCGAGGUUGCUUGGUCUUCCGCAACCAAGACUUCUGCGACAUUGGCUUUGAGGCCCAGAAAAAGAUCGUCAGACACUUUGGUCCUUUGCAUAUUCAUGGCUGGGCCCCUCAUCCUGCGGCAGGCUCAGAGGAGCAUAUGAUUAUCUACGAUCACAAGGAAGUUCGCAAGUCUUGGAAAGGAAGGAGUCCUGUUCAGUGGCAUACAGACCAGUCCCCAGAGCCCCAGCCUCCAGGAACUACCUUUAUCUGCAUGCUUGAGUCGCCCGCCGCCGCUGGCGGUGACACUCUAGUGAGCUCUAGCGUUCAGGCGUACAAGUCUCUUUCGCCACGCUUCCGUAAGAGAUUGGAGGGCCUCACGGCUAUUCACACCAAUAAUGAUGGUGUAACGCAAGAAAUGAAAAACGGCCAGAACGCCGUCAUGCGUCGCAAGGAACUUGUUCAGGAGCACCCGGUAGUCAUCGUUCAUCCCGUAACAAAGGAGAAGGCCCUCUAUGUGAACCCAGUCUAUACUAAGAAGAUUGUGGGUUUUGAUGACGAGGAGUCUGAGUAUCUCUUGAAGUUCCUCUUUGAUCACAUUGCGAAGCGCCAGGACUUCCAGUGCCGAGUUAGAUAUGAGGCGGGUACUUGUCUUGUGUGGGACCAAAGAGUUACAAACCACUCCCAAACACUAGACUAUCCGGCGGGAGACCGUCGCCAUGCUUUUCGCCUCACGCCUUUAGCUAACAAACCUAUUCCUGCCAAGAUUGAGGAGGAUGAUGGAGAGUGCGAAAAGGAUAUCAACAGAGUGCAGCUCGGUCUGUGCUAA